CCCCAGUGGGCAGAGCGCUAUGUUAUACUACAGCCAUACAAAAUGGAUAGCUUCAGUAUGUGAUCGUAUGUUAUUCUGAAGGUCUGCAAGCAUUUAUUGUCAAAUUUUAUGACUUUUAGUGGAUUUUGUGACUUUUAAAGCUUUUUUGUGGAUAAAUCUUAAUUUUUGUCUUGAUUAAGUUUUGAGUUGAUAGUGUAGAGUUCAGAGUUCAAAUUGCUGUAUCCAAGAAAACUGAGUAUUGAAGAAAUAAAAAUCAAGAGGAGAGCACCACAGGGUUUUUAAAGAUUGUUCUGUGGAUUAUAAACGGGUGAUUCAAUGAGUGGAUUCUAUUUGUCUAUGUGUCUUUAUGACAGAGUAUGAAGAGGCCUGGCAUCGACAGGAUGCUGGUAGAGGGUCUGUUGCUAUGGAUCCUGGUUGUCAUGGUGAAAGCCACAACUUCUGAAGAUUCUUUGCCUAUCUUCUUAGAAGAACCAGAAUCAGCUGUAAUAUCCCAUCAUGCAUCAGUGACGUUACCAUGCAAGGUGUUGCCUUCUAGUGCUGUAGUACGGUGGAAAUUCAAUGGAGACUUUGUGAAAGAGGGGGGAUCAAGGGGGUUUAGCAUUGAUGGAACAAAUCUACAUAUAGCAAAUUUUAAACAUAAGCGGAAGCAGGACAGUAACGAAGGGAUAUAUCAGUGUAUAGCAGAGACAUCUGUCGGACUCGUGGCUAGUCGGCCAGCCAGACUUUCUAAAACAGUAUUAAAAAGAUUCCAAAGUCGAGAAGAUUUGCGAUUGAAUGGAACUAUAGGUUAUAGUAUAGUAUUGCCAUGCCAACCUCCUAUCAGCAGUCCUGAAGCACAUAUUUUGUUUGAACUGAAUGGAACAAUUAUAUCAACUUCAUCUGAUCAUUACCGAAUUUUAUCAUCUGGAUAUUUACUCAUCAGAAACCUUACAUUAAAUGACCAAGGGACAUACAGGUGCAUAGCUGUGAACCCAGUAUCCAAUCAAAAUAGAACAUCAAACCACAUAAUCUCUCUCAGUGUCAGGAGUUAUACCCAAGGUUCAACUACAGGAAAUGUAAAUGUUUACAGACCAAUGGAAGUUGAAGCCCACGAAGGAGAGGAUGUAACAAUAGAAUGUGUUGCUAUAGGUCUACCUCAACCUGUUGUAUCAUGGGAAAAAUAUGGUGGCAGUCUACCAAAGGAACGUACAGAAACUAUUCAGGGAAAUUUAAUAAUUAGAAAUGUGACUCAGGAAGAUACAGGUACAUACCUGUGUAAAGUGAACAGUGGCAAUGAAGAACAGACUGUAAAGGAUGUUUAUCUAAAACUAAUUGAACCUCCAACAGUUACUGCAGAAACUACCUCAGUUACCUUGACCCCUUCAAAUUCUGUCAAGUUACGUUGUAAGGUCAGAGGUUCACCUAAACCAGAGGUGAUAUGGUAUCAUAAUGCUGUCCCAAUCUCCAACAUUCUAAAUGUGGACGAGAAUCAAGGAACAACGUACAGCCUGAAUCAUGUGAUCCACGAGGAUGCUGGUCUCUACCAGUGUAUGUCCAGUAAUGACAUUGGCGUUGAUUAUGCUGUUAUUAGAGUGGACAUAAAAGGUGAUGGAAUGGUUCCUACAACAUCCAUUAAAAACAAUAACAAUCACAGACAGAGGCCUAAUGUUAAAAGGAAAAAUGGUAAACGUAGAAGGAAAAAUAGACGAAACAGAAAACAGAGAAAGAAUAAGAAAACAAAAGGUCCUCAGCCUGUUAAUGAUGGUCCUGAUACCAAUGUAAAGCUGGUACCCCCUUCAGCACCAGAUGUGUACCAGUUAUCAGACACAUCAGUAAAGUUAAAUUGGACUGUGCCAGCCAAUGAUGGACUGAAUAUUAUAUUUUUCCGUGUUCAGUAUCGAGUGAUCAAACCAAAGAAGAGUCCAUGGCAGACUGAUGACAAUGAAAUUCAGGGAGAUCGUAGGCAGUAUGAAGUCAAGAACUUGGUUGCUGAGGGAACAUUUAAGUUUCGUAUUGCAGCAGUGUAUUCCAAUAAUGACAAUAAGGCCGGUCCUAACUCGGACAAGUUCACGUUACAUCUUCCAACGUACCAGCAACCUCAGGUUCCUAAGAAUCCACCGACAAUUGUAGAAGUUAAACCAAUUACAUACAUGGAUAACUAUGCUCUCAAUAUCAAGUGGAAUUACAUCCCAGUUAAGUCAUCACCUAUAGAGGGAUUUUUCUUGUAUUAUAAACCAUUCAAUUCCAAGGGAGAUUAUAAGAAGGAGAUGUUGAUGCAACCAUCAAUACGAACCUAUCUGGUGGCAGAACUCAAAGCAGGGACAGAAUACUCACUCAAAAUGCAGUGCUUCAAUUCAGAAGGGAUGAGUGACUUUAGUAACACUGUUGUCAUGAAAACUCAAGGUGAAGGAACAGAACCCAAGUUUCCAUUCAUCCCACCAUCUACUGCUAAACCACCAGCCGAACAGAGUAACGAGGGUUCACCAACUAAAUCUGACAAUCAAGCUAAUAGUGAACUAUUAUACAUGAUCCUGGGAAUCGUCUUCGGUGUUCUGAUGUUGUUGUUGAUUGUUUUUAUCUUCAUGUGCUGGUGGAAACAGAGACAACAAAGGAGGAUGAUGGAUGCUAUGAAUGAUGCUGUUCUGAGAAAUAAAUUUCAAGAUCCAUCCCAAAGAAUUUAUGCUGACAGUUUGCGGAAAAAAUAUGUGAAUGGUGGAUAUUCUGCUGUUCCUACGGCUCCGCCUGUUCAGAAUGGACAGGUUCAAAAUACCUAUACCAAGAUGAAUGUUAAUAUCAAUCCAUUGUCAGAAAUGGACAUGCAUUCAAUGAGCAAUGGACAUACUGGGAAUCAGCUUCACCAGCAGUCCACAACUUUUGUUCCGAAUGGCACCUUACCUAGUCAAUACAGUGAUAAUAACAAUAAACAGAACCUGGAUAAUUCAUUGGAAGGCAGUCAGUGUCUCAAUACUCCAGAUUCAAUGGGUAGUGGAGAGGCACCUGCCAUCCCACCCUCACCUAAUUCUUACAGUGUGCCAAUUGGUUAUGAUCAAUUUACAACUUCAGACUCUCAGGAGCAAUAUUCUAAUAAGUCAUGUGAUCAGCUGGCUGAGUCACAUGACCCAAACAAUUUAGAUUUUGUGAAGCAGUGUUCUAAUGACAGUUCUGUGGCCAGUGAAAAUAGUGUUCAUUCAGGAAAACAUAAAAGACGACGAAAAAGGCAAGCAGCAAGUCGUGAAAAUUCUACAAGAGAUCAAGCGACUAAUACUGAUUUGAGCAGUAAUGAAGGAACAAUUGAGUUUUCACAUGUAAAUAGAGAUACAAAUUCACCAGAAGCAUUUGGACAGUGUUAUACACGGACUAGCUCCAGUGAAGAUUGUGAUCAAGUCGUAUGACACGGAACUAACCUCAAAUAAAAGACUGAUAUACACAGCUUUUAUUCAACAAAACGAGAAUAAUGUACAGUCUACCUGGCAUUUCAUUUAAUACGAGAAUCUCUUCUAUGGUGCAUCAUGUUAUUAAUACUCAGGAUUAAAUACUUGUAUGGAGUGCAUCAUGCUAUAAUUCCAUUGGAUAACUUUACUGCCAAAGAUUGGACAUAUUUUUGCAGUUCUUUAUAUAGUAACUGUAACAAAUAACCAAAGUUAUUUAUAGUACCAUGGAAACUGUACAUCACAAGUAAACAAUAAUUUGAUUGGCUGUGAUAUAAAUUCCUAAACAGGAAGUUACUUGUGAUGUGACAUUGUUGAUUGAAAUCCAUGGAAAAUAUUUUCAUUUUUGUGAAGUAUGAAAAUAUUUUCUAAAAUGAAGUAUUGUUGACCCCUGCCAGGUCGUAUCGUUGUAUACUGGUAUCCUGUUAAAGGGUAAACCAGUCCUAUAGGGUAAAUCUACAGAUUGUUAUUUGUGCUCAAAUGGGUACUUUAAUUCAAAUUUAUACAAGUUUUAAGUUAGCGGAACAAUCUUUCUUCACUUCAUAAAAAUCCUUCAGAUUCUUUCUUAAUUUGCAGGAUAGUUUAAAUCUAUAAGUAGAUAUUCAGCUGAGAGAAAUCGUUUGUAAUCUCUGCACCAUUUCCUACUUGUUAUGCAUAUUAUGGAACAACAUUUGCAUACAAAUAGUAACUCAAAAUAUGGUCAUGUUUUUAUAUCUUUUAUUUAAAAGUGUCAUAGCUUAAACAUAAGCACAAAUAAGAAUUACUAUUUAAUUAAGAUUUUUUUUUAAUAGAUCAGAUUUGGAUGACAUUUGAAAUCAGUUAAUAUUUAAUUUUAAUUUAAGCAAAACUUCAUUCAUUAAACAUUCACUGUACAUUUACAUUGGGGAGGGGAAAGUUACAUAUUGUUUAAUAUUUUUAAAAACCAAUGAAGUGCAGGAAGAUUGUGUCACUGUUGUGUAUGAUUAUAACGAGAAUUUUCCCUAAAUUAUAUCAUUUUGUACAUAAGCAUUGUUCAGUAUUAAAAUUGGUGUCCUUUGUUAUGUCCCACCUAUGCAAUAUAUUAUAGAAAUGUUAGCAACAAUCAAUGCACUGAUUGACAGUAGGAAAAACAAUUAUGCAUUCACUUCCCUUAGGAUAAAAUAUGUAAUCUUAAUCCUGUUAUCAAACUACAAUGUAUUUUCAUUUUAAAGAACAGUGCAUUCUCAACUAUAAAUGUUUAUUUCUUAAAGAUACAGAUACUUUACACAUGAAAUAUGACACACAUGUCCAUAAAGGCCUUGUAUUUGUAAAUUUGGUUUUUAUCAUUCAAAUUUGAAAAAAUGAUGAGAAAAAGUCGUUUUGAAAGACAGUUAAAAUUUUCAUAGAAUAUUUUCCUUUGUCAGUCAGUGUUAGUCUUUCAGGGUCUAUAUUUAUUUCUGUCGAUGGUGCUAUCUAUAUCGAAUGAAGAACGUAAUUGAUUGUUGCAUACAAUUCCUUAUCUACAAGUUUUCAUGUAUUUUUGUCAUCAAUAACAUUUUUCAGGGAAAAACUAGAUUUUAAAAUAAAAUUCAGUACAUUUGUACUAAUUAACUAAAUAGUUUAUGGAAAAUAAGAAUAAAGAUUAAACAAUAAGUUUCAUUGCCUCAUAUGAAGAAUUGUGGGGACAAUUUAUAUGGUUGAAUAUUUGAAAUUGAAAUUGGAAGGCAACUUUUUAUUCUUAUCCUCAAAUUAAGUAAAGAUAAAUUCUGCUCAAACAUAUGCUAUUAAAUGUGUUUUUUUUUUUUAAAUAAGUAUAUGAUAAUAAUUGGAGAAGUCAAAUAGUUAAAAAUUGUCAAUAAAAGAAUUUUGAAAACAGUUCAAAAAUUAUAGUCAAUAAAAGAGUUUUAAAUUACAUGAAAACUUGCAGACCAAAAUGUUUUUAAGGUUGUUGAGAAUAUAAGUUUGUUGCUGAUAGAAUGUUUAGGGCAUCUGUUGUUGAAUGUGUAUAUGUGUAGUGUAUGUACAUGUUUGUGUAUGUGUGUGCAGUUGAUACUUAAGAAGAAUUUAAGCCACCUUAUUAUUGAGGAUUGUAUUCAUGAAACGGGUAAAAUGAUUUUUUUUUUAGUUUAUAUUGUCUAUCAUUGCACCUUUUUUUAUUUACAAUCAUUUUAUUUAACACCAGAAUAUCUGGAGACAUAGUUAAUAUACUUUGGCCAUACAAAUUAUUUUUUUAUUCUCAUCUUUCUUCUACAAGAACAAAAGAUUAACAGAAAUUUGUGUAAUUUUUCAAAGAAAUUCAUUAAUCAAAACUAAGAAAUAAAAAAAGGGGAUGAGAAUCUAAAAAUUAAUUUUAUGUGGUCUUACAGGGAUUUGAAAUAUCAUUACACUUUCAUCAUUUAGUUAAAAACAUUGUGACUUUUAGUCAGUUUUAAAGUGAACAGUUUUUUCUGUAGAUUUUUAUUAGAUUUUUAAAAAAAAACAUUUAUAUAUCUUUUAUAUAUCAGUACAGAAAACAUUUUUUGUUUAAAUGUGAAAUUUUGUUAAAAGUAAAUAAUUUUCUUUUUCUUUUUAAAUUCUGAUACCAUAUUAAACAACCCAAUUCAUUAAUAUCACCAGAAAAAAUUCUUAUUCACAAUUCACGACAAAUAUGUCAGUAUUUAUUAUGCUAUGAAUGAUAUAUUUUGUUAAGACUGGUUGUAUGAAUGUUGAAGUGUGUGUCAGCCAACGAAAAAUCAAACCUUUGUCAUGUGACGUUAAUGCCAGUCUUUGUUAUAAGUCAAUAUUGUAUAUAAUAUUACAAUAAAAUUUAAUACAAAGUUAAAAA